AUGUCACAAUAUCUCAGCCCCUAUCACCAGUGGUUCCGCCAAUCGCCAGACCAAGCGACCCCUCCGCCGCCGCCCGCAGGCGCAACGGCGCUGACGUCUCUCCCCAUCAUCCCACCACCACCACCUCCUCCUCUUCCUCAGUCCUCCUCCUCCUCCUCCUCCUCCUCAUCGCCAUUCUUCUCCCUCCUCCCCGCCGAGGUCCGCACCCAGAUCCUCACCGCCGCCUUCGGCGCCCGCGAGAUCCACGUCGACCUCUCCUUCAACCGCGUCGCCACCACCCACCCGCACCACACCGCCGGCGCCAGCUACCUGCCCACCCGCACCUGGGCCUGGCGCUCCUCCGUCUGCCACCGCCUGCCCGACCGCGACUACGCCCACGACGAGUGCAGCCCCGGCGGCUACCAGAUGACCUGCGACCCGGCCAACGACGCCGCCGCCGACCCCUCCGCCUGCUACGUCGGCGCCCACGGCUGGCUGCUCGCCUGCCGCCAGGCCUACGCCGAGGGGCUCGCCGUGCUCUACGGCUCCAACGCCUGGCACGUCCAGUCCGGCGCCCUGCUGCUCUUCGGCCCGCGCCUCCUCAGCCCCGCCGGCCUGGCCUGCGUCGCCAGCCUGACCGUCCUGCUCGACCGCGCCACCCUCUACGCCCACGCCGCCGAGCACCUCGGCCUGCGCCGCGGCUGGCCCGCCUUCUGGGCCCUCGUCCUCUCCAUCGGCGCCACCUUCCCCGCCCUGCGCCGCCUGCGCGUCGGCUUCAACACCGUCGCCCCCGACCGCGAGGCCUUCCGCACGAGCCCCCUCGGCAUGGUCGCGGGCACCUUCAUGCAGCCGCCGCGGGACCCCUGCGACGAGUUCCUGUGGGGCGUCGCGCCGCCGUUCGACCGGCUCGUGCGGCAGUACGGACCGCAGCUGCGGGACUGCGAGGUCGUGCUGCUCAACGACCUGUACGACGCGUGGACGCGCAAGGAGAAGGCCGCGGCUACGAGGGUCGAGACGGGGCCGCGGCCCCGGGACGAGCGGUUCUGGAGGUCCGUGGUGCCUAGUGGCGAUGGGAAAGGGGGCGAUGGCGAGCUUGGGUACUGGAUCAGGAGGCAGCGGAGCCGGUAUCAGGAGUGGGUGGACGACCACGACCUGAUCUAUGCAUUUGGUUGA